UAAACUACCGCAAUUAAAUUUUUUUUUCUGAAAAUGCCUAAGUUUGGAGUGAUUCGAGUUUGAGAAACUCGAACUACUAACUGGUUCGAGUGUAGGAGAAUCGAUCUAGACGGAGAUCGAUGAUGUAAGCCUCGAACCAUGUGGGGCUGAAGUGGUUUGAAUUUAGUGAACUCGAACUACUCCUUUGAAAUUUCUAGCAACCUUAACUUUGUGCUCGGUUAUCCGAUCGUAGCAAUUUUUUUUCAUUUCGCAUACUUUUCGAAUACUACAACUUUUAUUAUAGGAAUAUUUUUAGAAUAUAUGUGGAAUCGCGACUCGAUUAGGGUUCAAGGAGUUUGAGGAUUGGGCGUUUUGGUACCAAAUGGGGAACAAGAUGAAGACUCUCUGCGCUGGCUUGCCAAACCCUAAAGACGUAUUCGAAGGCAUCCCUAGAGCGUUUCACGGCAUAAAAACGGAUGCUUUGAAUGGAAUUAGAGCUCGAAUCGCUGCUCUGAGGCCCGACGGCCCUGUGUCCACCAAAUUCUUGACGAACAAUCUAACUGUAGUUGUCGCAGGCGAUUCUGUGUUCGUACACGGCGGAUAGUUGCCUCAACAUGUGGACUACGGCCUGGAGAGGAUGAACAAGGAGGUGAGGGACUGGAUUUCCGGCUCCAUGGGGAGAUCUGCGUCGGGCUACUGCAAAGGAAGGGAUGCUAUAGUUUGGUUGAGGAAAUACUCCGAGGAAGGUGGAAUUCGCGAUCAUAGUUGGAGAGGAAGAAAAACGGAAGGGAGGAAGGUGGCGCGGGAUGGAGGCGGAUGGAUUUGUCUUCGAUUAGGGUUUAGUCAAAGGUGGGUAGAUUAAUUGGUGGGUCGGGUCAAUUCUGUUUUAGUUAGCGGGUCUAGUCUGGUUUGGUUAGAGGUUUGGUUAGGUUUAACUAACAUGGAGGAUUUAAAUGACGUGGCGGGUCGGGUCAGUCAAUUUUGGGGUUAAAAAGUGCUGAUUAGGCAAAUCCGUCAGCCACAUCAUCACUUAACGGACGCCGUUAACGGCGUUGGACGACAGCUAACGGAGAGUGACCAUAAAUGAACGGUUUUUGUAAAG